AUGCCCAAACCUUCUUCAGGAGGCGGAUUUCCAGGAUGCGGUCACUGGCAGACUCCUGCGGCGUCAGCAUUCCUCACUGGCCUGAAGCCAGUUCCGUGUCCUCCAAAGUGUCAUCCGUUGCCCUGCGGGUCCCCCCACGUGGGCAGCCCCUUUGCAGCAGGGAUCUAUAAAGGGCACUGCUUCCGGAUCAAUCACUUCCCAGAGGACAAUGAUUACGACCACGACAGCUCAGAGUAUCUCCUUCGCAUUGUGCGAGCCUCCAGCAUCUUUCCCAUCCUCAGCACCAUCCUACUGCUGCUCGGAGGACUCUGCAUUGGCGCCGGGAGGAUCUACAGCCGCAAGAACAACAUCGUCCUCAGUGCUGGCAUCCUCUUUGUGGCUGCAGGCCUCAGUAACAUCAUAGGCAUCAUCGUCUACAUUUCCAGCAACACAGGUGACCCCAGUGACAAGCGAGACGAAGACAAAAAGAACCACUACAACUAUGGCUGGUCCUUUUACUUUGGUGCCCUGUCAUUUAUUGUGGCAGAGACCGUGGGCGUCCUGGCUGUAAACAUUUACAUUGAGAAAAAUAAAGAGUUGAGGUUUAAGACCAAACGGGAGUUCCUUAAGGCUUCUUCCUCUUCUCCUUACGCCAGGAUGCCGAGCUACAGAUACCGACGACGGCGCUCCAGGUCUAGCUCGAGGUCCACUGAGGCCUCACCCUCCAGGGACGCGUCCCCCGUGGGCCUGAAGAUCGCCGGGGCCAUCCCCAUGGGGGAGCUGUCCAUGUACACGCUGUCCAGGGAGCCACUCAAGGUGACCACGGCAGCCAGCUACAGCCCGGACCAGGAGGCCGGCUUCCUCCAGGUACAUGACUUCUUCCAGCCGGACCUGAAGGAAGGCUUCCACGUGAGCAUGCUGAACCGGCGGACCACCCCCGUGUGAGCUGCCUGCUCUCCUCUCAGCGCUGGCCUCCCCCAGCACAGCUGUUUGUGUCACGCAGGAGGGCACGUGGUCUUUAGGACACAUGGACGAUGAACUGAAGCCAAAUGUAACCCUUCCUCCUCUACAGACAGUGUCAUGGGCUGGCUUAGAGGGAAGGAAGCCAGGAGCCUGAAACAGGGGCUGCCAGAGAAACGGAAGGCUGACUUUACCGCCCCCAUAAAAAAAAACAGUGCUUGGCACCCCUGGGGUUUCCAAAACCUCCGGGAGGUCCAAGAGCUUUCCUGAGGCUGCGAGGGAAAACUAAAUUGAGCCAUUAUCUCCUGCUGGAAACAAAUCUUACCAGAAGAAUGGGAUUUUGAGGUCUUUGCUCUCUGCUGGACACUGGGCCACCAAAGGCCACUCUGGGCACAAGGGGCUUCUGGACACUUUUUGGCUGCUUUUGAACCAGAAGUUCCUGUGUCUUAGAGCAGAAAUGAGGAUGGCAAAACUCAUUCCCUCCUCUCCCCUUUCUCUCUCUCUCUCUCUGGUACGCCGGCAGGGGACUGUUGGUGAGAAAUAAUCAUCCUGAAGAGAAACUCUGCAGCCAACUGGUGCUUUGGCUUUGUGCUUUCCUGAGGCUGCUUCCCUCACCUGAGGAGACUGAGGCCCGUGGAGGUGCUGAGGAAAGACUGGGGCUGUGGAUGGCUUUCCUGUCUGCUUCUGCAAGUUUCUGCCUCACUCAGAAUGGGCAGGACACACCAAACCUGAGUGUCUGGAGGACUCCACCGGUUAGAGGAAAGGUGGCUUCACGCCCUCCUGCAGUGUCCUUCCCCACUGGCCUGAAGAGCAGUUCUGUCCCUGCGGGAGCACGGGAGGAGGUGGAGGCAGACUCCCAGGCCCCCAACUGGCAUUUGGCAACAGAAGCCUGAACCUCUGUGCAAGAAAGGAAGACUCAAGAGAAAACAAACCAAAAAACAAAACAGAACACGCAUCCAUUUCCUGGGUAGUUAUGUAUCCCGACCCAUCUCAAAUCAACACCAGGAAAACAAAUUGUGUUCAUUUCUUUUUCUUAAAAAGUAGCAGCAUCAUGUCCCCCAACUCCUGUAAUUGCAAUCUAGUCUGCCACCACCAGCAAAGACGCAGAGGAGGAAGUCUGACUGAAUAGGCCAAGCUGAGCUUUCCUUCAUCCUUAGGGGAGAGGGACCUCUACACUGUUCAAAACUGAGCAAGUAGGCUCUAUGUUUUGCUGUUUUCCAGCCAUUUUCCCCUUUCUGAAACAAGCAGAGAACAUGAAAGUGUGCCCGGGUUCGGAAGAACUCUGAAACAUGGAACUUAGCUUCUUUUCUAUAAAACAUGUGCUUUCUAAAGAGAAAUCGUUUCUUACUUUUUGAGACUUCUUAACCAAUCCUGAACAGUCAUCUGUGAUCCUGGUAGGUGUCGCACUUAGACAUGAUGAGCAAAUUCUUACCUCAGCCAUCUGCUCACCAAGCCCCUGGGCCGACCCAGCCCUAGGAGUUCAGAACCCAGUCUGUGCGGCCUGACCUUCGUCCUUCCCUGCUCGCCCUUCACACGCAGGAAAGGACAUCUCGUGUCACAUCUCCAGCCAAUUGCCCCUGUGUGCCGAUGAGCUGAGAUGCGAGGCGUCCAGGGCUCCUUCGUGGUUGCUCUCUCCUCCUGGUGGAGUUGGCUCCCGACGGUGAUGUGUCUGCGCAUGCGUAAGAGUGAGCACCGCAGCGUCUGGGCUUGUGGCCUGUCCCCGCUGCAGGCCACCCCUGGCCUGCCUCCCCGCCACCCUGGCCUUUCCUCCACACCUCCACCACCGCACUGGUUUCUUUCUUACCAGGCUGAAGAAAGAUCCACCGUCCAGCAAGGCCCGAGGACUUGUCUUCUCUCUCUUCCAAAAGCAAGGCAGCCUGGCUAUUCCUUGCACCCAAGCUGCCCCAGACGUUUACUGUGGUUCCUUAAAGAAAGCUGUGCUCCAAUGAAUCCUACCUCUUGCCCUGUCCCAAAUGGAGAACGCAGGGCCCACUCUGGGUCCAAGAAAGAGUAGAAAGAAAGGGGAAAUACAACGAAGAGGGACAGAAGGAAGGGAGCAAAACAACCUCAGUCGCUCCAGCCUUCACAGCCUUUCUCCCCACUGCCGUCCUGGUUCAGGGACCCUGGUCUCUGGCUCGCCCUUCCUCCAGCCAGGCCUGCCAGGCAGAGGGACAGAGCUGGCUCCCUGCUGUGGCCAGUCUCAGACCUGGCACCCUUCUGGGAGAUGUGUGGCCUGAACCCUCUUCCCACCUCCCUCCCCACUGUGUGCCAGUUAAGCACCUGUGAUCCUGUACCCACUAUUGGUUUGGGAUUAGUUCUGUCUUUUUUUUUUUUUUUUAUUAAAUAAAAAAAUUUUUAAAAUGU